GCUCUCCAUGCCAAAUCGCGUGCAACAUGGUGUUGUGUAAAGGGUAGGAUGCCGCCAGAUGCAAGGUUGCCCACCUACGCUGCAGAGUUUCUCGUGCUUUUGGCGCACGUGGAGAAGACAUUGAAAUCUGGCCAGCUGCAGGAUGAUGGAGACCUGGACAUCCAAAAGGCAAAGGUCGCCUCGUAUGAAGCAGCAUUGACAAGUCGGCUAGAGUGUUGGCAAAAUUUGUCCGAACACCAGAUGGAACAGUAUCGCGCAAAAAUCGAACAAUUAGGCAGUGCCAUUGUAGUUGCUGCGGUUCAGCCGAAAACGAUGCUGCCACCGCCUGAAAAACCGGACGAUACGAUCACGGAGACUGUUACGGUCAAGGAUGCCUCAAGCGCACAAUUGCCAAAGAUCCAGGAACUUCUCGUGGAAAAGAAGACCCCACAGAUGCCGUGGCGGCGAACUUCAGGACCGUACGUGAAGCCAAGGUCUUCGGCAGCUGUGAGCAAUGAGGCCCGCGGCAGCUUAGAAUCAGAAAUGGUUGAUUUGGCCGAAAACAUGAAAGGUGCUGCGAAUGCAUUCUUGCAGACAUUGAAGAAGGACAAUGAACGAUUAGAGGACAUGCAAUCUGCUCAAGAUCGGAGCCUGGACAAUGUCAUGGCCCACACAGCGAGUGGGAAGAAACUGCUCCGAUCCGGUCAAAUGAGUUUUUUUUGCACUUCGGAUGGAUUUCGUGCGAUUUUGCCAUGCUGGGUUUUGUUCCCACCAUUCAGACCAAAUCUGAAAGGCACCAUGAUUUUAUUGGCGAUCAGUGUGGUGAUAUUUUGUAUGAUGAUACCGUUUAUCAUUUUCACCUGAUCCAUGCUCAUUUGCACAUCAGAUCCGCUGGAGAUACAGUAUCAUAGUGCGGCAAAAAAGACUCUUUCCUCGGGUGCA